UUCCUUGCCCCCGUGGACAUCGUCGCCCUCCACAUUCCUGAUUACCCAACCAUCGUCAAACACCCAAUGGAUCUCUCGACCAUAGAACGCAAGCUCAACCAGGGAGAGUACGACACACCCGACGACUUUGAAGCCGACGUGCGUCUGAUGUUCAAGAACUGCUAUCUCUACAACCCACCCGCAAUCCCUGUCCACAAGAUGGGAAAAGAACUCGAA